AUUUCAUUCAUUUCUAUGUGUAACUCGUAUGGAAAAAGAAAUACAAAUUUUGCGUAUUUAUGCAAUGCGGCGUGAGCCGGCCUGCCAGUGCAGCCUACCGUUACGUUUAUCAGCACGGCUCUUGCACAUAUACUGUAUGUAAUGUAACCGUGCCAUCGUUUUGACCUGACAGAUUACUUUUCAUCUCAGGUCUCACGUUGAGUGAUUAAAAAUCCCGGUGUUGUACGUGGAGGUCGCAGUAUCCGAAAUGGCUUUUGUUCAUGUCCAGAUUGAGUGAUACGUGGUCGGAUUUCCCGAGUUACUUUCAUUAUCGCUGUCAAAACGCCGCCUCUGAUUCGGUCCCAUUUGCCGAAGACCAAUGCUACCUCUGAAUACCCCUUAAUUUCUUAGCAGUAUGUACAGAAAAAUAACUGUCCUUCUGAACCGUUGCUGCUUAUUGAUAUUUAAAGUGUGUACAUACAUGUUCUGAAAUAUAAUCGUACUUAUUUUGAAAUGUCUAUCCGCUCUCAUCCAAAUCUGUGGCAAUAUUUACAUUCUUCAAAGUUCAUCAUUAUACUAAAACUAUACUUCGGUCGGGCUAUGUUAUAAUGUUAAUCUUUUUCUUUUAUGAUCUAAUUGUUAUACCAUGGUCCAAACGCUACUAUUAGUGGGUUUCCCAUGAAUCAUAAUCAAUGACCUUGCUUCAAUUUGUGGUUUGGGCGUUUGUGUCCCUGCCAACAGAAAAUCCGAUACCGCCUGAGAGCCGUGCAAUUACUCAUAGACAUCGUGCUUUUAAUUAGAGCAUGUAGCCACCGAAACGAACUUACAGUUCUUCCUGCUUUGACCAUCAGUGUUGAUAUUUCGCUUAUGUAACCAUUCGCGUGCGCGGGCUGCGAUGGAUCCUUUCAGCCAGCUUAUCCUCGCCAUAUCCACGGCCAGCUUCUUCACCUUCCAGUGGCUCUUUCACAGUGUCAGCCCCUGGAUGUCCCCUCGCAUUACUGCUGGCUUCCUCAGGCUCACGCCUAAGCAGAAGAUUGAGUGGAACUCCAGGACUGUCUCCACAUUCCACGCCCUUGUGGUGGGACUCUUCUGCCUCUAUAUCCUGCUCUUUGACGACGCCGUCAACCAGGACCCGGUCUGGGGAGACCCUACAAUGGUGAAAAUUAAUGUGGCGGUUACAGCCGGCUACCUCGUGUCUGAUCUUCUGCUCAUAUUUUACUACUGGAAGGCUAUAGGGGACAAGCUUUUUGUAAUCCAUCAUUUGGCGGCAUUGUACGCUUACUACUAUGUACUGGGUCAAGGAAUGUUGCCUUAUUUCGCUAACUUCCGUCUGAUUGCAGAGUUCUCCACUCCCUGUGUCAAUCAGCGCUGGUUCUUUGAAGUGUUAGGUUACCCCAAAUCCUCCAAGCCCAACAUGGCGAACGGGGUGAUGAUGGCCGUGGUGUUCUUCCUGGUGAGGAUCGCCGUCAUGCCGCUCUACUACAGCCGCAUGUACUCUGUCUACGGCACCGACGCCUUCAACAGGGUCCCCCUGGGUGGCCGCAGUGCCUGGAUCUGCUCCAGCAUAUGCCUGGAUGUCAUGAACCUCAUGUGGAUGCACAAGAUUGCCCGGGGAUGUUACAAAGUGCUGCGCUCCAGCAGACAAGGCAAGAGUGGAACACAGGAAAACGGCAAGACAGAGUGAAGAGGUCAAAGACGCAUGUACAGUUAAGCACUCAUGGAAGAAUAUUAUUCCUUUACAUUGUCCCCAAGGCUGUUUAUUUUAUUUCUGAGCGAGCUGAACACUUUGUUCCGCUGACAUCGAAAAAUAACCGCGUUGUUCGGCUAUGACGCGUGGGUUUUGCCUGCGUCGAGUGCUCAACACAAGUUAUCCGUGUACAGUCGUCAGAAAUGUUACUCGCGCUGCAUCCCUUUGUUCCAAUCCUGUCUGGAAUAACAAAAGUACAAGAGCUGAUUUUUAGAUAAAACGUAAAGUCUGACAGCUGUGUAUAUAUAACUGUCAAUAUAUCAGCUUCUGGAUUUAUAUGUCAUGAAAAUGUUGUUCUUUUUCGCAGUGGAAUGGUGUCCAGGUGGCCGCCGGGAAACAUUCUUGGCUACUCUGGGGUGCAAGCAGCACACCUGCCUAUCUUGAAUUAUUUAUAAUUUAAAAAGCAGUUUUCCUCCAUUUCUGGUGAUUGCUGCAUCUAGCGCGCAGUGCCAGUAAAGUGAAUAGCUGAGAGAAGUGCAAUAAUACCAAGAUACAGAAAACGAAAGGAAACCAUUGCAGAUCCGUGGGAUCCAUUCUCAGUAGCUCACUCUCCAUGAGUCACUGUGAUUAUGUGCCAGAACUCAUGACUGACAAUGUCUAAAUGUUUUACUCAGAGAGAAUGAACCGAUUUUUUUUUUUUUUACAAGAACGAGGAACAAAGUGCACUUAUACUAUUUGUGUCUCACGCCACAGGACAGCUGUUGCGAUUCAAAUAUCGGAAAUUAAUAAGAUGACUGAAUAUGGAAUUUCUACGUGCUGGCUGGUUUUUUUUCAGUUCAAUAUUUUAUGUCAAUAGAAAUGUUCUCAAUUUAAAGGUAGAAAAUAUAUUUAAGGUCAGUGAAUAAAAAGGAAGACAUUAAAUUUAAGGAAGGAAUGGACUGAACCAAUCUGAUAGACGUUGUAGGCUACCGGGUGAUAUUUCUGUUCAAAAGUGCAUGCUCUGCAAUGUCAGUCACAGAAUAUUUUAAUUAUUUUAAUAAUUGUAAUGAAGCAUUUGACUGAUGCCUAAUCCAGUUCUAUUAUACCAAUAUUUGUGUAAUUUGAGUUUAAAUUAUGUUUUUUUUUCAAAUUAAGAUUUAAGUAACUUGCAUAAAUUAUUGCAGGUGGAUAAGGCUAAAUGAUUCUUUUUUUAAAUUGUGUGUAAUUAAUUCUUAUGUCAGUGAAUUAAUGGAGCAGAGAAGCUGCGUUUGGUUGUUGUGCAUUUCUUGUCUUAAUGGACAUUAGUUUCAAGUUUAAUUGUCAUGUGUUCCGAGGAACACAGUGAAAUUCUUAAGCUGUAGUUGCAGGGAAGGAUAUCAGGGAUAGGAUGAACAUUAGUGCAAUAAGGUACCCUUACCAUGUGGGGCUUGAACCCACAACCCUGAGAUUAAAAGCCCCAUGUGCUACUAACUGAGGUAGCCAGGCUGUUACCUGAAGUUUUCGUUAUGUUGGUAGUUCUUGGCCCAAAGACCAUUUUGUAUAUAAAGAUCGAUUUUAAAGAGUACAAAGAGUAUGCAUACAGUACUUAGAGGGGGCUAAUUGCAGACCACAGUGUCCUCUAGGACUAUACCAGAAGCCUUUGAGGUGAAGUAUUGCUGAAAAGAAAUAGCAUGAUGAUGUCUACGUGAGUAUGAAACCAGACUGAAUUAAAAUGACCACUUUUUUGUCUGAAGCUCUUCAGCACACUGGCUUGGUUAAGAGGUUCCUGUCACUUAAUGCUUUACAUAGGUAAAUCGUUUCUGAUUGCUGUUAAACAAUAACCUGCAAUGUCUCCCCUCCCACAAUGAAAAGUUGUAUUUUGUAAGAGUUAUAGAAUGUAGAACUUAUUUAUUUUUUUGUUAUUUAAUUUUCUACACAUUUCUUAUAUCGUUUGAUACUAUGGACACUGGACUAUCACUGCCACUUACUGCGCUGUGCCAGUACCUUUCAGACUGAGGCUCUCUUAUCUGUUUGUUUUUUGCAGAGCUUUGAAUUAUAUACGAAUGUUGUUUGGAUCCCCUACAAUCUAAGGACAUGUUUGAUAUUCCACUUUUUAAAAAUUAUGCAUACCUUUUAAUUUCAACAAGGUUAAUAGUUAUAGGUGUAUGUAUUAUGCGUUGUACUUAAUCACCUCUCGAAAGCAAAUCCACUGAUAUGCAGUGCCCAAGCCCAAACUUGAAUGUGCUUUAAAUAUGUAUCCACCAUUGACGCUGGAUUUAAGAAGCCUGGUCUGUGAUGAUCUUUCUGUAGAAUUGACUGCUGUGAUUCAUAGCACGUACGUGAUGCUUAAAAAGAAUUGUUCGUCACAUAGAUUGUCAUAAAUAAAUCAGUGAUAUCUAGCACCCUACAUUAGGGCUUUCUGUUAAGAAAACAGAAUAUUAUACAUUCUUUAAAAUUAUAUAUCAGCUGUAAAUCAUAUUUUAUAUAUAUAUAUAUAUAUAAAAUAUUAUUUACAGCUGAUUUGUUCUACAAAUAAGUUUAUUUAUAUGAUAAAUAACUGGUGUUAUGUCUGCUCCUGUUGCAAAACCCUUGCCAUGCACUUUGGGUCUACUAUGAACUGAAAGGUAAGAUGCAUGCCACUUCUGUCAAUGAAGUCUUUCUGAUAUAAGCACAUUGCCAUUUGUAAUGUUCUAAUUAAACCUGUUUAAAUUGAAAAUGAAUGUUGUUUCAUUUGCUUUGUCCAGGAUGGGUAAUUACAAUGUAGAACAGAUAGUUCGAGACUCAUUAAAUGAAUGUAUAUGUGCAAAUUGUAUGUCCUCUUUAUCUUUUCUGCUUUAAAGUAUGGGUGCAAUUAUCUUUAUAUAGAGAUCAAAUGAAUUAAUCUUUGUUUUUUUAUCACACUUGAUAAUUGCAAGGUUAUUGGCUAUCCAGUGAUUGAUAUUAAAAUCAAAUAUUUCAUCCAGUAUUUCAGGAAUCAAUCUACUAAUCUGAUAAUGCAGUGUAUGAAGUACAAGAAACUAUUUUGCUAAAUAUAUUUUGCCUGCAAUUGUUUGAAUGAUGCUCAAACGGUCUCUGUUUACAGUUAUUCUGAAUAUGCAGUGAUUAAUAUAUAAA